AUGGUCAAGUUCACCUCGGCCGCCCUCUGCGCUGCCCUCGCAGUCGCAAGCGCAUCCGCUCACAUGAGCCCCGUCCGCCGACAGGCCGCCACCAGCACCUUUACCGGCACCCUCGCCCCCUCGGUCUCGUCCAUCGUCGCCACUAUCAAGUCGGGCGAGGGCAACCCCACGGCCACCCAGCCCCUCUACUCGACCGCCAGCCCCGGCGCAAAGAACCCGCAGAUCACCAACGCGCCCGCCCUCCCCGACGCAAAGCAGAUCACCAUUGCCAACUUCCCCCCGCUCGACGCCCUGCCCCCCACCGACUCGCCCCAGGUCCAGGCAUGGAUCAAGGAAAUCGACUGGUCCAAGGUCCCCAGUGUCCCCUCGACCGUCGACGCCGCCUCGUGCUCGGGCAACCCCAACAACCUCAAGGCCGCCGGCGCAGACGGCAACUGCUGGUGGACCUGCGGCGGAUGCACCCGCGACACCGACAUCACCACCUGCCCCACCAAGAACACCUGGGGCCUCUCGUACGACGACGGCCCCUCGCCCUACACGCCCCAGCUGCUCGAGUACCUCAACGAGCACCAGCUCAAGUCGACCUUCUUUGUCGUCGGAUCCCGCGUCCUCUCGCGCCCCGAGAUGCUCCAGCUCGAGUACUCGGCCGGUCACCAGAUCUCGGUCCACACCUGGUCCCACCCCUCGCUCACCAUGCUCACCAACGAGCAGAUUGUCGCCGAGCUCGGCUGGACCCGCGAGGUCAUCCGCCAGACGAUCGGCGUCUCGCCCAACACGAUGCGCCCGCCUUACGGAGACAUCGACGACCGCGUCCGCGCCAUCUCCAACCAGAUGGGCCUCACCCCCAUCAUCUGGACCUCGGCCCCCGGCGGCGGCAACUACGACACCAACGACUGGAAGAUCGGCGCCGGCACCGUCUCGGCCGCCGAGGUCGUCUCGACGUUUGAGGGCAUCCUCAAGAACGCCCCCAACCUCGACACCGGCUACAUUGUCCUCGCCCACGACCUCUACCAGCAGAGCGUGGAGCUGGCCACCGAGGUCGUCCUUCCGUUUGCCCAGAGCAUGAACCCCAAGCAGAACCUCAUGCCCAUCAUUCAGUGCCUCAACAAGCCCGCCGGCGACGCCUACGUCGAGACCAACCGCAACAUCACGGGCUCCCAGGCCACGGCCACCGCCUCGGGCUCGGCCGCCGUCAAGAGCGGCUCGUCGGGCUCCAACGGUGCCGCCGGCGCCCAGUCGACGUCCAAGUCGGCCAGCGGCUCGUCUAGCGGUGCCGCUGCCUCGCUCCAGGCGCCCCUCGUCCUGCUCGGAUGCACCCUGCUCGGCGCUGCCCUCCUGUUUUGA